CGACGCCACGUGGUACGCUCAAUCAUGACAUGCACGUUUGGCAGGGCUUGAGGAGGCAGAGCCACCUCUGCAAGGGAGAAGAGCUGUUGAUCGGGUUGCCGGAGCAUCUCUCCGGUGUUUGCAGGCAUGUUGGGCCGCUUCGCCCGGACGAGUCUAGGCCAGACUUCUCCAACAGUCCGGGGAUAGUCUCACCAGUGUGCGCCACAGUGAAGAAGCAAAGAUUUUGA